UGCUAUCGAUUCUUGAAUCCAAGUCCUCAUCUUCUUGUUGCUUGCAACUAUCCAAUUCCAAUCGUUCACCACAGCCAUCAUUUUAGAUUUUCCAUUGUCUGGUCGCAGCUUCAUCGAACUCACCAUGUCGCUGACCUACGAAAACCCCAUCCUGCCGGGCUUCUAUCCAGACCCGUGCAUCGUCCGCGUGGACGACACCUUUUACCUCAUCACCUCGAGCUUCCAAUUCUUCCCAGGCCUCCCAAUCCACAAAUCCAAGGACCUCAUCAACUGGGAACUCGUAGGAAACGCCAUCAACCGGCCCUCGCAACUAAGCCUACAGCAUGCAACAACAAAGGCCAACAACCUAGAGCGCCGCGAGAUCUUCACCGGCGGCAUCUACGCGCCAACCAUGCGCUUCCACAACGGCACGUUCUACAUUGUCUGCACGAACCUGACGGGGAGCACUUCGAUGGCUCCCGAGGUCGACUUUGAGCCAAACACCAACUUUCUAAUCACCUGCGACGAUCUCACCGACCCCACCGCGUACAGCGAUCCCAUGCCCUUUGACUUUUACGGUAUCGAUCCGGAUCUCUUUUUCGACGAUGAUGGCAAGGUCUAUAUGACCGGGAGCUUUAUCCAUGGGUACCGGAAGAAGCCGCAGACUGUCAUCCGCCAGGCCGAGAUCGACCUCACAACUGGCAAAUUGGUUACAGAGGCGCGGGAUGUGUGGACGGGCACUGGUGGGAACUGUCCAGAAGGACCUCACAUCUACAAAAAGGACGGCUGGUACUAUCUAAUGAUUGCCGAAGGCGGCACGCACCGGCGUCACAUGGUCACAAUCGCCCGAUCCAAAGCGGCAACGGGUCCGUUCGAGGGCUACGAGAAGAACCCCCUAAUCACCGGAGCACCCGGGUCCCCAAUCACUUGCGUCGGCCACGCGGAUCUCGUUGAAGAUGCAACGGGAAACUGGUGGGCAGUUAUGCUUGCGCGACGUGAGCUUGGCGAGCGCGGGGACUCGUACCCGCUCGGACGUGAGACGUAUAUGGUCCCCGUUGACUGGCCGGAAGGUGGAUUCCCGGUCUUUGAGCCGGUGAAGCUGCGUCAUGAGCUGGCGGCGGAGAGGGGGGUUAUAGGGGCUAAGCAGCGCGUUUCGGGUGUUGAUGAGCAGGUGCAGCUGUCUUCGCCGCAGACCAUCUAUAUUCGAGAUCCUCUCCUUCGCAACUACUCGUCUGAGGAGGGAGCCAUCACGCUCCAUCUCACCGAGACCCCGCUGGGUGCCGUGGGCGGAAGCCCGACAUUCGUCGGCCGGCGGCAGACAUUCCUAGUGUCCACUGCCAGUGCCCAAGUUGACCUGGCUUCAGCAGCAAAGACUGGACAUGCGGGCCUGGCUGUGUACAAAGACCCUUUCCGAUACGCAUCUGCCAACCUGGACCUGGCUGCUGGCGUGGUCUCGUUCAAUCUCCGCCACGCCACGCAGGAGCACGUUGUUGUCAACUCCAAGGAGUUGAAAGGGGCUACGGUGAUCAAGUUGAGUAUCCAGAGCACUGUCGAGACCUACAUAUUUUCGUACAGCGCUUUGAUAGGUAAAAGAUGGAGCCCCGAGGUCGAGUUAUCGAGUAUCCCUUGCAGCGACAUGAGUGGCGAUGACUUUACUGGCACCGUUUUCGGGAUCUACGGCUCUGGCUCUGACGGAGUAGUCAGAUUUGACUCGUUUACGAUCCGGAGUGAUUAAUCAAUGGACUCUAUUCUCAAGACUUUGAUAGAAUGCAGUUUAUUCAAUGACAUGGACAUGACUUUUCGUUGUAACCUCUUCCUUUUGUUAUGUGUCUAGCACCACUGGAUCCUGGGAUUACGUAGCCUGUUUGCUCCUAGAAAUAAUCCCCCUUGUUACACACAUGCAUACAUUGAAUAUGACCGAGCGUUCUUCUAG